UCUCGAUAGGUUGUCGGGACCCGAAGACAGUGACGUGUUCCCACUACUCUAUGCGCACGUUACCCCACUCUCUCUAUCUCUUUCUCUCUCUUUCGCUUCAAAGACACAGAGACAGAGAUAAGAAGCAAGUCCAACUCUGAUGAAACCCCAAACCCAGCUGUAUCCUCGUUAUGGUCAAAUCACCAUCCCACACGUUACCCCAAAAGGGCAAACCAGUAAUCUCACUCACAACCCCUCCCGUUUCUUCAUGGGUGAGAGUGCAGACUGAGAGCUCAACUUGGAACUUGCACAACAGGGACAGAAGAAACCGGGCCUUCUGCAAAACCGCUCUCCUUUUUGUGCUACAGUAAUGCACGAAUUGUUAUCGUACGCCAGGGAGUGCUUGCUGCUGGGUCCUCUAACGUACGCUUCCCCAUAACAAGUGGGUUAGUAAAAGGUCAAGAAACCAAGUACCAGCUCUUUAGUCUUUACCAGAACAGCAAGAAGAAGAAGAAGAAGAAGAACGAGGCCCCUACCACAUCACAAUCAAAGCACCACAGACUCGUUUAGCUGGAAGAAGCCAUGCACUUUCUGGUACCUACUCACACGUAGUAAAUAGACGUUGGGGUCAGUUGGAAUAGGGGUUUUGGGGUGGUGGAGAUUGGUUCUGGGAUUGGGAAUAGGGUUUUUCUUUCAUGCAAAGCAGAAGCAGAAGCAGACCCAUGUGAGCAAAGAUGGAAGGGAUAAAUGGGUUGGGGGAGUUUGGUGAGAAAAGAGGGAUAAGGUUUUGGAUUUUGUGUCUUAUUUUGGAAUCUCAGUCAAAUCUCUUACAGCAAGAAAACAAACCAGGGAGAUAGAAGGUGGUGUGCAAGAGGGUAAAGAUUUACAUCUCUUUUUGGUCUAACAAUCCCACCUGUUUCAUUUCCCUUCCCUAAUUAGCUACUUCUGGUGCUAGCUUGUCUUUAUCCACAAGAGUCUGCAAAGGAAAAAUAGAAACCAAAGCUAGCUUCUUUAGAUUUGGUUCCGUUCUUUUUACUUCUCUUCCAUGGCGAAUCGUUGGUGGGCUGGAAAUGUAGCGAUGGGAGUGGACUCUCUCACCUCAACGCCGCCGUCUCUUCAUCUCAGAAACUCCGAAGCUGAAGACCAUAACAACAUCAACAACAACACGCCCGCAAACAGCAGCAACAGCGACCCAAACACAACUCCACCUAAGCAGGAAGACGACCAGGACAGCCGCGACAACAACGAUCGAGAACUUGACAACCAAGAACCUAGCUCCGGCGGCCACGACAGCCUCGAGCCUGGCUCCAGCAAUCGCCGCCCUAGAGGCCGGCCACCGGGCUCAAAGAACAAGCCGAAACCGCCGAUAAUCAUCACCAAAGAGUCUCCCAACGCUCUCCGGAGCCACGUCUUGGAAAUCAGCAGCGGCAGCGACAUCGUUGACAGUAUUGCCACCUUUGCGCAGCGCAGGCACAGAGGAGUCUCCGUCUUGAGCGGCAGCGGCAUUGUUUCUAACGUCACUCUCCGUCAGCCGGCUGCGCCGAGUGGAGUCAUAACGCUCCAUGGAAGGUUCGAGAUUCUGUCCUUAAACGGUGCGUUUCUGCCUGCCCCUUCGCCGCCCGGGGCAAGCGGCCUGACCGUGUACUUGGGCGGCGGGCAGGGGCAGGUGGUUGGUGGGACUGUUGUUGGACCACUGGUAGCUUCCGGGCCGGUGAUGAUCAUUGCGGCCACAUUUACUAAUGCAACUUAUGAGAGACUGCCGCUUGAGGAGGAGAGCAAUGAAGGGAUGCAAUUGCAACAGCAACAACAGCAGCAGCAGCAGCAGCAAUCCGGUGUGAACUCGGCAGGGACUGGAGGGAAUUCGGGGUCUCAGAGUUUGAGUGAUCAACAGCAGCAGCAACAACAAGUGCCCAUUUACGCUUUGCCUCCUACUUUGCUUCCAAAUGGUCAGAUGCCGCCUGAUGUGUACUGGGGUCCUCCACCGCCUAGACCUCCGCCAUCUUACUGAGGAAGAUGGGUGGAUGGUUGGUUUGAUCUUCACCGACUUCUUUUGGUUUUGUGCAAAAUGUUUCGGCAUCUUCUUUCUGUAGGUACAGCAAGCAAGGUUAGACUAGCUUAUUUUGUUCAUUAUAUGUUUUGCUUGUGAAGCG